GCUUGAUAAUAGUUUUUUUUCCCAAUUUCUUGUGUGUUCCAUUUUUAGGGCAUCAUGAAAACUCGCAAAAUGGCUGCUGCUGCACAACAACAGGCUUGCAGAUAUAGAGGAAACUUAUGCAAGAUUUUAAGUGGUGAUAACCAUCUACAAUUUUGUGAUAAACAUUACAAGUUUCACACUGAUUUUCUAAGAAACAAUCCCUCGAUUCUAAAGAAAUGGCAUCAUGAUCUUCUUGGGUCCGACACUCCAGAUCUGGCCAAGAAGAAGAAGAGGAAGCAGGCUCCUGAUCAGCAGAGCUCCAUCCUACCUCCAGAUGAAGAGCGUUGUUGUAGAAAUGAUGGAAUGAUAUGGAGAUGUAAGAAUUUCAGGAUGAAGACUAAAAGUUAUUGUCAACAACAUUGCACUUCUAUUUUUCAGCAUAACAAGACUCGUCUUAUGAAGAAGAAGAAGAAAAAGAAAAGUGGAUCUGAUUUUUCUAAGAGGGUCGCUGAAACUAGGGAUUCAAAUCGCUUUAAACGGCCGGGGAAACGGCAGCGGACCGACCAACCAUCUACUAGUAAUCCUACCACCAGCUCUGAUAGAAUUGUAGGUGCUGGUUCUGUCAAAAUUGGUGCAAAGAGGAAAAGAGUUGAUACAGCAAUGUCAGGGGAACUAAAGCCAUUGACAGGAAUUAGGGGACCUGUGGUUGAAACUAGGGCCUCGAAACAGAGGAAGAUGUUGAUGGAAGGUGGUGAAACAAGUAAUCAACCAGCCACAAAUGAUAACUUUGAAUCUGAUGGAAUUGUAGAAGGUGGUCCUCCCAAAACUGGGACAACGAGGAAAAAUGUCGAAAGAACAAAAGGGUCUGGAGAACCUGUAAUUGAAUUGGAGAGCGUGGAGCUUUAUAAAAGUAACUCUGAAAAGAUAGAGUCUGAAGUUCGGGGUUUGCAGAAUGAAAGUACUCAAAGUGGUGAAAUUAUAAGCGAUGAAAACAACAUGAACAAAUCUACCACCAGCUCUGAUAUAAUUACAGAAGGUGCUUCUCCCAAGGUUUGGACAAAGAUGAAAAAUGUCGAAAGUACAAAAGGAUCUGGAGAGCCUGUAAAUGAUCAGUUGGAGAGCGUGGAGCUUUACAAAAGUAACUGUUUUGAAUUAUCUAUGGAGCCUGCGAAGAAUAAGGUGGAGCUUAAGAAGGUGAAAGCGGAGCUUGAGAAGAAUGAAGUAGAGCUUGAGAAGAAAAAGGUGGAGCUUGAGAAGAAUAAGAUGGAGCUUGAGAAGAAUAAGAUGGGUCCUGAGAAGAAUAAAGCGGAGCUUGAGAAAAAUGAAGUAGAGCUUGAGAUGAAUGGAGUAGAGCUUGAGAAGAAUAAGGUGGAGCUUGAGAAGGUGAAAGCGGAGCUUGAGAAGAAUGAAGUAGAGCUUGAGAAGAAAAAGGUGGAGCUUGACAAGAAUAAGAUGGAGCCUGAGAAGGUGAGAGCGGAGCUUGAGAACAAUGAAGUAGAGCUUGAGACGAACGGAGUAGAGCUUGAGAAGAAAAAGGUGGAGCUUGAGAAGAAUAAGAUGGAGCUUGAGAAGAAUGAAGUAGAGCCUGAGAAGAAUAAGAUGGAGCCUGAGAAGGUGAAAGCGGAGCUUGAGAAGAACGAAGUAGAGCUUGAGAAGAAAAAGGUGGAGCUUGAGAAGAAAAAGGUGGAGCCUGAGAAGGUGAAAGCGGAGCUUGAGAACAAUGAUGUAGAGCUUGAGAACAAUGAUGUAGAGCUUGAGACGAAUGGAGUAGAGCUUGAGAAGAAAAAGGUGGAGCUUAAGAAGAAUAAGAUGGAGCCUGAGAAGAAUAAGGUGGAGCCUGAGAAGGUGAAAGCGGAGCUUGAGAAGAACGAAGUAGAGCUUGAGAAGAAAAUGGUGGAGCUUGAGAAGAAAAAGGUGGAGCCUGAGAAGAAUAAGGUGGAGCUUGAGAAGGUGAUAGCGGAGCUUGAGAAGAAUGAAGUAGAGUUUGAGAAGGAAAAGGUGGAGCCUGAGAAGAAUAAGAUGGAGCCUGAGAAGAAUAAGGUGGAGCUUGAGAAGGUAAAAGCGGAACUUGAGAAGAAUGAAGUAGAGCCUGAGAAGAAAAAGGUGGAGCUUGAGAAGAAGAAGUUGGAGUGCACUGAAUUCCAGGAUAAAUUAGCAGGGGUAGAAGAAACUAGAAAAAGUACUUCUAAAGAUGAGAAUGCAGCUGAAUUUUGGAGAAUGAAGUGUUCCAAUUCGGAGAUUCUAGUCCAAAGAAUGGAAAAUGAAAAUUCCACAAUUGGAUGUGUUGAGACACACGUUUCUAAUUUGGUGAGCCUAGUCCCGGGGAAUGGAAAAGAAAGUUCGAUAUUGAGAUGUCAAGAAUUGAGUUACUCUGAAAAGAUAGAGUGUGAAGCGCGAGGUUUGCAAAAUGAAAUUACUCAAACUGGUGAAAAGCAAAGAGAUAAAAACAUGAGCAAACCUCAUGCUGAAACCAGAGGUGAAGGGAGCAUUGAUUCUCAUGCGUAUGAACUGAAAAUCGAAGAGAAGAUGCUGAAUGUUGAAGAAGGGAAGGGUUGGGGCUGUUUGGAAGAGGGACCAUCUCAACAUGGACCAUCUUCUCAAGCUGAUCUGGAAAUGUGUAAGAAGACUUUCGUCUGUGACUCAAAUGACGGUGUUGAUGGUCUUGCCACCGAAGAUUCUCUUGGUGACUCAAUGGAUAUGCUGGCGAUGAAAAUUUUGAAUACGAACAAAGACAAUGAAAUGGAAUUCUGAGGCUGAUACGCUUUCUUCCAUUGAAGAGGAUCCUGAGCUUUGUGCGAAAGCUGUUGGUGCUCUCUAUCAACCGGAAAUACCCGAAGAUGAAAUAUAUCCCUAGGGAUUGGUCAAUUCACAAUGACACACUCAGGUAUAUUAAUAAUUCUGUGCAAUUUUCUUUUAUUUCCAAUUCGUUUACUGUUUUUGCAGUUACCAUACAUUAACUUAUUCAAUGACGCAAGAAUCUGGUAGCUUGUUGCAUUUCCAAUUCGUUCACUGUUUUUACAGUUACAAUACAUUAGCUUGUUCAAUGAUGCAAGAAUCUGGUGGCUUGUUGGAUUUCCAAUUCGUUUACUGUUUUUGCAGUCACAACACAUUAGCUUGUUCAAUGAUGCAAGAAUCUGGUAGCUUGUUGGUUUUCAUUCAUAAGCUAUCUAUGCUAUUAUGUAUUCUGCUUAGGAAUUCAUAGGUUAUUUUAUCAACAUCUCAAAUAGCCAUAUCAUAUAGAAUCUAGAUGAUACAAUUCCUCGGUUCAUAAAAAUAUCUAUGCUAUUUCUUGUAUAUCACAACAUCUGAGGACUUAUUUUUAUUCUUAGGAAAAAAAAUAUUUCAGGGGUGAAUGACUAUAUCAUGCAUUUACCCUUUUCUCAUAUCCCAGUCAAAAUAUAGCACAUUCUAACUCUACUGCGAACUUGUGUUUGUAAAUUCUCAAUACAGUUAGUGAAGAUACAAUAUUAUGAUUCUGUAAAUAGUUUCAGUUGGCGUCGACGCUACCUUGCUCAUCAAUAUGAAAUUUCGAUAUCUGCACUGACUGUGGACUUUGCAUAUCAAUUAUCAACAGAGAUGGGUGGACCAGGAAAGUUUAGUAGUCUACUUUUCAAUAAUUGUCAGAUAAAUGAUUUGCUACGUUCCCGAGAUUUCAUUCUGUAGGUGUCAUGUGAAUGGCGGGAGCAAGUUAUUUUUCCUGCUCAUGGCUGCACGUCUACAGGGCUGCAAAGCCAACCUGCAAAAUGUGCAUAGUUACUUAUUUCGAAGUACAGUAUGGAAAUGAGAAGAACCAACAGCAGUAGUAUAUUUUCUUGGUUUUUCGUUUUCAUACACUUUUGGCGUAGAUUGAUAUUUUCUCUUAACAGGUGUAUUACUUUUGCCAAGUUUGUAAUGGAUGGAGCCAGUUGGAGACAUUAAAAUCUGAAGCGGCUGGUAACUGCAAGAGGCUGGCCAGAAGCUAAUGAAGCAGUUAUUCAGCAUCGACCAAAACGGAAAAGAUCUUUUAUACCUUCCAGCUACAACUGCUAAGUGGCCUUAAUUUUGUGCACUAGACAUUGCAAUCUUUCAUUUCUUUUUAACCCCUAAUUUUGUACACAUGUGAAAUGGAAAACUGGUUAAUAUACCCAGUAGUACGUUGGAUGUGUGUUGACUCUGCAAUGUAGCAAGUCAUACGGAGUAUUAUGGUAGUUACCCUUUAGGUUGUUUUGAGAUGCCUAGAUGGUUAGAAAACAACCCUCGUUUUGCUCAGGGAACUGAUAAUGUUAUGCGUAAAAUUAAUCUUAUUACUGAAGUUAAAGCUCGAUUACCCUAUUUUUUCGUUAAUGUAAUGUCUGAAUUUUGUUUA